CAACAUGCCUGAGGUCAAGGUUCUCUACGGGGGACAGAAGUGUGGCAACGGAUACGUGGAGGAAGGAGAGGAGUGUGACUGUGGAGAACUGGAGGAGUGUAUGAACCCGUGCUGUAACUCUACAACCUGUACUCUGAAGGGGGAUGCUGUGUGUGCUCACGGACAGUGCUGUCAUGACUGCCUGCUGAAAGCAGCUGGCACCCCGUGCAGGGAUUCCAGUAACUCAUGUGACCUGCCAGAGUUCUGUACCGGCGCCAACCCCCAUUGCCCUGCUAAUGUGUACCUGCAUGACGGGCACGCCUGUCACAACGUGGACGGACACUGCUACAACGGGAUCUGCCAGACACACGAGCAGCAGUGCAUCACUCUCUGGGGCCAGGGAGCCAAGCCCGCCCCAGGGAUCUGCUUUGAGAGAGUCAACUCGGCAGGAGAUCCCUACGGGAACUGUGGGAAGGACUCCAAGGGAUCCUUUGCCAAGUGUGAAGCUCCAGAUGCUAAGUGCGGCAAAAUACAGUGUCAAGGAGGAGCCAACCGGCCAAUAAUAGGCACCAAUGCCGUCUCCAUAGAAACCAACAUCCCCCUCCAAGAGGGGGGCCGAAUCCUGUGCCGGGGGACCCAUGUCUACCUGGGGGACGACAUGCCCGACCCAGGCCUCGUCAUGUCGGGCACAAAGUGUGGCGACGCCAUGAUGUGUCUGAACCGGCAGUGUCAGAACGUCAGUGUCUUUGGAGUGCAGGAGUGCUCAGAGAAAUGCAGCGGUCGAGGGGUGUGUAAUAACAACAAGAACUGCCACUGUGAGGCCCACUACAACUGUGGACAGUGGACAGACUAUGGUGGCGUGGCGGUGGGGGUCCUGUUGACGUUAAUAACCUUCCUGGGAGCCGGCCUCAUCGUCUCCAUCAAGAGAAAGACCCUCCUGAGACUACUCUUCACCAACAAGAAGAACCCUAUGGACAAGCUGAGCCUCCUCCCCAAAACCAACACCCCCCUGGACAGCCCUACCCCUCCCACAGCCAGCGAAGACUACCCCAGUGCUCUCCUGUUCACCUCAGUCACCCCGUCCCCCUGUCCCCUACGUCCGCACCUGGACCAGGACAGCCCAGACCACCUACUCCCCCUCCUCACCGAGCCCUGCCUCCCCAUGGACCAGGACAGCCCAGACCACCUGCUCCCCCUCCUCACCGAGCGCUGCCUCCGCCUGGACAAGGGCAUGCCCACAGCCACACCCAGGCUCCGCCCAGAGGGGCAUCGUUUCGCAAUGAGCCACAGCAACAUAACUCCUGCAGGAUGGUCUUGGUGA